AUGCCCUACAAUUUCUGGCAGCAGGAUUCAGAACUAUACCCACACAUCAAGGCGUCAAAUGCGGAGCGCUUGCAAACAACUACCGAUUAUGGACAGUUGACUUCUCAGCCUCAGCAAUACUUCCUGCGUUCUGUACUAGAGGAUUCUCCUGGCAAUUCUACGCCCACUGUUUCCCAGCAUCACGUUGCAUGUGACGACGUACUUGAUGCGUGUAUAUUGCCGAUCCCAAUAGCUCAGGGCGACAUUCAAAGUGAUGCUGCUGGAUGGCAUACACGCCGCGUUUCUUCAAGCUAUCAUCCCUGUGCCUUUUCCAACUGUUUGCCUGCCCACAUUCCUAUGGACUUCUCUGACGCAAAUUUCCAUUACGACCCACGUCAUCCAUUGCAAGAAGUUUACCCUCAUCCUCAAUACGUGGUCAACGAUGUUAAGUCAGAAUCGCACGCCGAUCAUGCGUCUGUGUGCCAGUGGAAUGAUGGCUAUGGUAUAUGUGGGAGGACUAUAAAUGUAACCAGGACCGGGGAACAUAUGUCAUCAUACCAUUUCAAGUCACCUUUACCCGCCAGCAGCCGCUUGAAAUGUCUAUGGAAGGACUGUGAACUCCAUAAGCCUGUGCGGAGAGAUACAAUCAUCCGUCACAUCGUCGAGAAACAUCUCGGACUCAAGUAUCGAUGCAAGCACUGGUUGGCCUCUCAUACUGGGACUGGUUUCUGUGGAUCUCGGAAGAAUGUAUGCCUGCAUUAA